AUGCCUCGCCGCGCUAACACAUCAGCACUACCUCCUUCUGGUAGAGAAUCGGAUCAGAAUUUCAGCGACAUGCAAAGCUUCUUAUCCUCGGAUCCUGACAUUGCGCCUGAGCAAAUGCAUCGAACACUUCACCCGACACCUGCACUAUCUCCUCUACCUACCAGAGACGAAUUCUACAUGACCGGAAUCACACGCAUCACACCUCCACCUCCACCUCCAGAUGGCUAUAGAUGCUCCAUAUGCAUAGAAACACUGAUUGGUGAAUAUGUCCUACUACGAAGAUGCGGCCAUGUCUUCCACGCAACUUGCAUACGCAUGUGGUUCCAGGGAACGCCGAGAGCACCAGCUUGUCACAUGGAUUGUCCAUUGUGCCGAACAGUGUUGUACGAAGCUGUUAAGAGACCUUCAGCGCUGAGCAUUCAGGGCACUGGGAGUGAGUCUGGAGAGACAGCGGAGAUGUUGGAGCCGGCAAACUAUCGAUCAGGGCAAGAUAGCGAACAAUUGCAGCGGCUCGCCGCGGAUUGGGGUCGAUUCGGCCAGCAUUUGCGACCUGCGUACGCAACUCCUAUGAUUAAUGUGCCGCAUCAGUCUGCCGUGGCCACAGCUGAAGAGCAGCUCAGACAGCUAUAUGCAUCGACCAUUCCUCAGCAAACACAGGGAAACGUCUUACAGUAUGACUUACUGCGAGGCCAGUGGAAGUACAUGGUUACUCGACUGAACCAGAUCGGACAGUGCGCAGAUAUGCUGAAUAUGCGCCAAUUCGCCCUUCUACAUCGCCUCUCGUGCAUCCUCAACGUCGCACAGGAGAAGGGCCUGCGAUGA